GGAGCCUCCUUGGUGGUGCUCGAUCGCUUCCCGGCACUGACAGCCGGGGCAGGAGGGGCGGGGAGCCGGCCCGACCCUUGCUAUUUGUACUGGCGCUUGCGGGCUCAGUGCAGAGCCGCCUCUGGACGCGCAGCACCUCGAGCACCCGGCAUCGCUGAACAUGCAGCGGCGAAGCGCAGCCCGGCUCGGCCCCCUUCUGCUCCUGCUCCUACUGCCUCUGGCGUGGGGUGAGGGCCCCGAGCCGCCCCGAGCCGACGGAGAGCUGCAAGUCUCCAACCGCCUGGCCGGGCAGGCGGCCCGGGUGGCGCUGCACUAUCUCAACUACCGCAUGGGGUCGCCUAGCGCGCUGCGGGCGCUGGGACAGGUCCGGAAAGCCACGGUCAAGACUAUCCCAGGAAUUGGACAUAAGUACUACCUGCAGUUCACUACAGAAGACUACAAAAGCAGCCAAAACGUUGGGACCUGCCUUGCUACAGUGCUCUACCUGAAGAGGAAACCUCGACCUGCUGUUAAUAUAAACUGCACAUAUACCAAAGAUCAGAAGCAAACCCGAGAAGAUGACUACAGCUUUUACAAAAAAAUGAGGCAACAAACCAAACCAAUCACUGGAAAUGAUAUUCCUGACAGCUAUGGAAAUAUUGAACCAGCCUUGGAGCCAGCCUGGGCUUUGGCAGUUGCUGGCAGCAGUUACCUAAUGUGGGAAAAGUCAACAGAGAACUUAGGCUAUUUCAUGGCACAAGUCAAGAAUGUGAAGCAGUGGAUAACUAAAGAUGAUUCGAUUGAGUUUGACUACUCGGUUGUACUACAUGAAAUUCCAACACAGGAAAUGAUUUCAUGCCACCUCCGUGUCAUUUGGACUCCUGGUCGUCCCCUGAAAGUGAAGUACUUCUGCUUGUCAGAGAAUCAGCGAUCAGAAUCUGGAGAAGGGUCUGGAACAGAAUCUGGGUCUACUAAUGGAAUUUUCAAUGAGGAAGAAGCAAAUUUUUAAAAAGAUUAAUGUUGGCUUUUAUAUAAAGAUUUGAAAUGGAAAAAUAUCUUGCAUUAAUAGUUCCAAUCGGUAUUGUGAUAACUCUUCUACACAAAUUGUAUUGCAAUGAAUUUGAAGCCUUUUGACUAGUCAACUUUCACCAAAAAUAAAUCUCUGUAGAAUUUCUUAAAUGAAAGAAAUCACACAUUCUAUAUAGCUACCUAAAAAUGUCCUUAUAAAAUAUAUACACACACCCUUGAUUUUAUUUCACUAAAUUACUUAGCUGUAACUCAGAAUGUGAACAAAGUUAAUAUAUGUGGAUAAAAGUCUUGAGAAAAGUAUUAAUUUUCCAUCUCCAUAAGAAAAAUAUUUGUCUACCAAUUUUUUUACAUUUUUGACCAGAAAUAUUAUGUUAGCUUUUAACUUAUAUCAACAGUAAAACAAAUACCAUUACAUUUGGA